UCUUGGAGUUUUCUCGCGGUGCAAGCCACAUUUCUUGUUCUCUUUCCACUCAAGUUGGAACAGUUCUUGGGACCAUUUUGUCUCAUAUUGUUUGCGAAUGAAAAGUUCAUCUGGACCAAAUGAACGUGAUGUGCUCCUUCCACAAGAUCGCCAAGUGUGAAGGCUCCACCCAGAAAAACAGCUUGGAUAGAAUGAUUGGAGGAAAUGUCACAAGAUAAAUGAACCUCUCGGACCCGAAAACCAGGAGCCUCGUUUGUCAUCGGAAGUUAAUGAAGAUGCUCACCCUGUCUUGGAUGAAAUGAGGCAUUGCCAAAGUGGUUGAGUGGCCCAAGGUAGCCGCAAUUGGGCCAUGACUGCUGAGACUGACUUUGGCGACCCUGCGUCCUCUGUCCAGUCCGCGGUUCAAGGAUCGAUCAACGAUUAUCGGCUCACCCUCUUCAUCACAUCCUCCAGCAUCAUCAUUAUCACCCUUAUCACAAUCAUCGGGGCAGUCUCUUGCUUUAUCCUAUGUAAUGAAGACGAAGAGUUAAAAGAAGCAGAGCUCAUUCUCGACACCCCUACCCGUGAGGCUUAUGAAGGGAUGAUCCAGGCUCUCAAGGAAGGGAAAGACAUCAGCUUUCCUGGUGUUGGACAGGACGAGUUCACAAUUGCCAUUGAUACAGAAUCUCCAAUGAAGACGUCCUUCCAGACACAAGACGAUCUUGAAGUCGCCAAAAAUCCACAGGAUCACCCAGAUCCGAUCCCACCUCAAACAUAUCAACUCCGCCCCGAUAGUCUAAUGGGAGGCUCAAUGCAUCAUCUUCAAAGUGGAGAAAGUCCAUUUCACCAAUCCACUCCAACGCCUCUUAUCAAACGGUCCUUGUUCUCUGUCUUGGAGGAGGAUUCCUCUUCGCCCCAUCAGCAGAUCCCAUCACUCACACUCACCUCAGCCAAAGAAAUGGGACCUUCCACAAUAAUGGGGGCAGGAGGAGGAUACUCGACAAAGGAGGAUGAAUUUUCCAAUCUCAUCGGCCUCGAUGAGAGCACAGAGCACACGCUGAAUCAACUGGAAGCUGAUUUCGCGCGAAUGAGGAAAACUAGCGAGCGUCGAAGGCGUCAGCGUUCCCGAGCCGAGCGGAUGUCUUUUAGUGAGUGGACUCAAAAAUCAAAAGAGAACCAAUUCAAGUCAGCAUCCCCUCACCGGAGGAAAAGUUUUAUUUCCCGGCUGAAACGGAACUCAAGUGAUCGAACAGAGACUCGGACCGGGGCCGGUCAGGAACUGAGCACCAUCAGCUCUUUCUCGGGGAGCACCAUGGUCACCUUGAGCGGAGGUAUCAGGAGGAGAACUGGUUCCGGAUUAACCUGCUUCUCUGGCUCCUUACCGGUCAUGAAGGUGCUGGAUGACCGGAUGGAUAUCCUGGCUGUUCCCAAUUUAGCGACCACCCUUUCAAAGACCGCCAACCCCAAACCAGUCUUUCACUGCGAGCCCAUUGUCAGAGUCAUGGGCUCUCAAAACCGGACACGCUCAAGCCCCUUAGGCGCAGAUGGACUGAAGCAAAGGUCGCCCAAGUCCAAAACCAUUUCCAUACAAACUGAACCGCUGGAGUCCCAAGACAAGGCCACAGACUCGCCGAAGAAGGAAGAGAAGCCUCAACGCCCUUCGAGGCUCUGCACUCACUGCCUGGAAACGUACACUUCACCCAAACGUCAGCAAUUGACCUUUUUAGAAAGAAAGCGCUUCUUUGAGUCCAUGGCCACCACUCCUAAAUGAAAUCUCUUCCACUGGACAUGAGCCCAUGGCUGACCACAACGGUGCCAGAGUGUCAGUGGAACCUGUCCCCACGCCCCAACCCCACCCCCUUGAUCUCAUCUUCCCACGAAAAGGGAACUGACUGACAUUGGAGAAAUGGAAGAUCUAUAUGAAAAUCUAUGAUACGGCAACAAUAAACGAAUCGCAUGAGAUGUA